UCGCUUCGCCACCAAAACAGCAAUAGCGAACUCUCACACUCGAAGAAACAACUGCAACCACAAUCACCGAACGUAAGCGGUAGGAUGACACCAAGUAGGCAUGGUCAUCGACCAAGCAUAAGUUCGAUUUCAGUUGCAUCGGUUGUCGCCGAACGAGAACAAGUUCGUCCUGCAUCACCGGCUCCUUCAAAGGAGUCUCUUUUGAGCAAUCAACCUUCCUCAGAUUUGACGCCUUUAUAUUGUCUGUCACCUCCUCAUAGCCGUCCAAAGCCAGUCACGAAUCCGGCUACAUUACUUACUGAUGAAGUCUGGCAAAACGAUGGGUCGAAGAUGACGAUGUGUCAAGUUGUCAGCACGAGUCAUGUAACAUUCAAUUCAAUCUGUGGCGCCGAAGGCAUCACUGUCGAAGGUGCGGAAAUAUAUUUUGUAGCGCGCACAGCGAUUAUUCAAUGUUAUUGUUUCCUGAUGGCACCGAAGAUUGGGGCGGUGUAUGGUCGAGGGUAUGCGAGGGGUGCUUCAAAAAUAACAAAUGAAUAUGAAAGUCCAACAGAAUAUUCUUUCAGACUAAGGAACAUUGUUAUUCAUUGA